GGCAGCGGCGGCGGCGGCAGCGCCGUGAGGGGACGGGAGGUGAGGGGAGGGGAGGUGAGGGGAGGGUCUCGGCGGCGCAGCGCAGCUCAGCGGGUGCCUCGCCCGUUGAUGGGCGCCCGGGCGGGCUGUGCCAUGGCCGCCUGCGGGCCUUGGCGCUCUUAGGAGGGGCAGAGGGGCUGCGCGUCGGCCCUUCCUCCCGCGCCCCCGCCGACAUGUCGCUGAGCAUGGAGGAGGAGGAGUACGGCAGGCUGGUGAUGGAGUCGGAGCCCGAGUGGCUGCGGAGCGAGAUCAAGCGGCUCUUCCAGGAGCUGGGCGAGACCACCCGGGAGAAGAUCCAGGCGGCGGAGUACGGUCUGGCCGUGCUGGAGGAGAAGCAGCAGCUGAAGCAGCAGUACGAGGAGCUGGAGCUGGAGUACGAGACCAUCCGCACCGAGAUGGAGCAGCUGAAGGAGGCUUUUGGGCAGGCUCAUACCAACCACAAGAAGGUAGCAGCAGAUGGAGAGAGCAGAGAGGAGACCUUGAUUCAGGAAUCAGCUACCAAGGAAGAGUACUACAUGAAGAAGGUGAUGGAGUUGCAGACAGAACUGAAGCAACUCAGGAACGUCCUUGCCAACACCCAGUCUGAAAAUGAACGCCUUAAUUCUCUUGCACAGGAACUGAAAGAGGUCAAUCAGAAUGUGGAGAUCCAAAGGGCCCGUCUGCGAGAUGACAUUAAGGAGUACAAGUUCCGAGAAGCACGUUUGCUGCAAGACUACACUGAGCUUGAAGAAGAAAACAUCUGUCUCCAGAAACAAGUGUCUGUCUUGAAGCAAAACCAGGUGGAGUUUGAAGGCCUGAAACAUGAAAUCAAAAGGCUUGAAGAAGAAACAGAAUUCCUGAACAGCCAGCUGGAAGAUGCCAUCCGGCUGAAGGAGAUCUCUGAGCGGCAGCUGGAGGAGGCCUUGGAGACCCUGAAGACAGAGAGGGAGCAGAAGAACAACCUUCGUAAGGAGCUCUCUCACUACAUGAACAUCAACGACUCCAUGUACAACAGUCACCUGAACAUCUCCUUGGAUGGACUCAAGUUCAGUGAUGAAGCCACAGAGCCCAAUAAUGAUGAAAUAAUCAAUGGGUUUGAACAAAACUGUCUCAGCAAACUCAGCAAUGGCAAGAAUAAUACAUCAACACCCAAGAAAAAUGAAAGCUUCCCUCCAGCUCCGAGUCUGGUUUCAGAUCUUCUGAGUGAAUUAAACAUUUCUGAAAUCCAGAAGCUGAAACAACAGCUUGUACAGAUGGAAAGAGAAAAGGUGAACUUGUUAACAACACUCCAGGAAUCUCAGAAGCAGCUGGAAAACACCCGGGGAGCCCUCUCAGAGCAGCAUGAGAAGGUUGGCAGACUCACAGAAAACCUGAAUGCAAUGAAGAAGCUGCAGAUCAGCAAGGAACGUCAGUCUGCCCUGGACAAUGAGAAGGACAGAGACAGCCAUGAAGAUGGGGACUAUUAUGAAGUUGACAUCAACGGGCCAGAGAUUCUGGAGUGCAAGUACAAAGUGGCUGUGGCAGAGAUUACUGACCUAAAAGAAGAGCUUAAAGAUCUUAAGGCCAAAUACAAGGAAUGUGAGUCUAAAUAUGAGGAAGAGAAGGGCAGAUACGAGACUGAGAGCCAAGCUCUGACUGAAAAGAUCACCUCGCUAGAGAAAUCCAGUAGGCACGACAGAGAGCAGGUGGCCAGGCUGGAGAAGGAGCUGAAGAAAGUCAGUGAUGUUGCAGGAGAAACACAGGGCAGCCUCAGCGUGGCCCAAGAUGAAUUGGUCACCUUCAGUGAAGAGCUGGCCAAUUUGUACCACCAUGUCUGCAUGUGCAACAAUGAGACACCAAACAGAGUGAUGCUGGAUUACUACAAGGAAGGCAAAGGUGGACGCAGCAGCCCAGAGACCAAGGGAAGAAGGUCUCCCAUCCUUCUUUCUAAAGGUCUGCUAACUAUAGAGCUGGGAAAGGCAGAGAAUGGGAGCAGUGACAGCAGCCCAUCUCCAGUGUCAUCUUUGCCAUCUCCUGUGUCAGACACUCAGAAGGAGCCCAUGAACAUUUACAACUUGAUCGCUAUAAUCCGGGAUCAGAUCAAACACCUCCAGGCUGCUGUGGACAGAACAACUGAGCUGUCACGCCAGCGUGUGGCCACGCAAGAGCUUGGGCCAGUGGUGGACAAGGACAAGGAAGCUCUCAUGGAAGAAAUCCUGAAGUUGAAGUCCUUGCUCAGCACCAAGAGGGAACAGAUAGCAACUCUGAGAACUGUGCUGAAGGCCAACAAACAGACUGCAGAGGUGGCCCUUGCCAACCUAAAAAGCAAGUAUGAGAAUGAGAAAGCCAUGGUUACAGAGACAAUGAUGAAGCUGAGGAAUGAGCUGAAGGCUUUGAAAGAAGAUGCUGCUACCUUCUCUUCCCUGAGAGCAAUGUUUGCUACGAGAUGUGACGAGUAUGUCACACAGCUGGAUGAAAUGCAGAGGCAGCUUGCAGCAGCUGAGGAUGAGAAGAAGACUCUGAACUCCCUGCUUCGGAUGGCUAUCCAGCAGAAACUGGCCCUGACCCAGCGCCUGGAACACCUGGAGCUGGACCACGAGCAGUCCAAACGGGUGCGCACAAAGUCUGCUUCCAAAGGCAAGGGCAGUAACCCCAGUCUGUAGAGUAGUCCCUGGAGAAGGCCUUUCCAACAGUGCAACAGCAUUUCUUAGCCUCUUUCAGUAUGGUUAGAAGUGGUACCCAUUGCUCACAGAAUGGAAACCACUGACCUGAUAUUAACUUUUGAAUUUACCUUUUCCCAUAUCCUACCUGAAACUUUCCUUUUAUGUCCGAAGCUAUAAAACAAACAAGCUUUACCUGUAAGUGCUGCUGCAGUAAGAAAACUUACAAGUGCUGAAGAAAACCUACUUCAAAUGUAAUGAUCACCAUAUAUUAGUUCAUGAUCUACUAGAAAUGUUUGGAUGGGGGAAUUUCCUAUUUCAUUGCAGAUGCUUUUUUUUUUUUAGUCUGAUUAUUAAAACUGUGCACUUUUGAUAUUUUGACAUAUUUCUUUAGCUUCUUUAAUUCCUUAUGUAGAAGAGUUUAUAUAACUGUAGUGGUUUGUGCUCUUAGCCUCUCCAGUUUUGCCUUGUGAUUUUUUUUUUUUAUUUUAUUUCAUUUUUAAUGAUACAACAACACGUGGCAGAGAUUUUGGGGGGGCUUUAGAUUGUGAUUAGAAAAGAGUUUCAACAGAAAACGGGAGCUCUGCUAAACUGUGCUGUGCUUCAGCAUUUUUUUUAAAUAUUAUAAAUCUUAAGCUUUUUAUUUUUAUUUUAUUGAUUUUUUUUUUUUUUUGAACUGCCAUAUUCAUUAAGAAAUCCAGGGUAUUAAAAUUCUGGGGUUUUUUUCAUAUUGUAUUAUUAUUCUUAGGAAUAGUUCAGUGUAACAAGAAGAAAACUUGACUUUGCUCUGGUUAAAACAGUAAUAGGCACUUGAAAAAAAUAUUACAUAAGUAGUAUUACCUAUAAAUUCCAGAAUUCCUGGGUUUUAGGAAGUUGAAGUAUUAUUGAUUAACAGAAUUUUAUACAACUAUACCAGUUAAAUUCCAAAUUGGAAUUGUUUUGUUACUUUUUCAUUUUAUUGUGCCAAAUUAUGGUACAUUUAGAAAGAAAAAUUCUAAAGUUGUCAAGGAUAGGGUGUUACACCUUUCUGUCAUUAAUUAUUGCCAGUAGUGCCUUGAAUAAUUUUAAGGGAGACUCUUAGGAUAGCUCAGUGAAAGUCCUGUGGCUUAGGAGGGAUGGGAUGGCUGGUUUGGGACUCAGUACAGACAUGGAGCAAUAAGUGCAAAGUGAACUCCCCUUCUGCACAUGUUAAUGGGUAGUCUUACUCUAGAGAGUAUUGUAUUCAAGGGAUUGUAAAGAAUUCUGUUAGUCAAUGAUAUUUCUUCAGGCAAAUCCUUUCAAAUUCAGGGGUAUAGAGAGAAAAAAAAAACACACAAAAAACAAAACCCAACAACUUAACCAACCCCAAAUCCGCUUUGGGAACCAAAUGGACUCGUUGAACAAAUGAGCAAAAUGCAUCAACACGUUUGUGGUGACAGUGCAGAGGUUGUAUCAGGAAUAUUGGUGUUCUUUAGCUUUGUCUGGUGGUGGAUGCAGUUAAGCAUAGUAUUGUUUGCAAAUGUGAACAAGAAAACAUUGGUAUCUUCUCUUGCAUGUUGUAUCUAAUCAUCGUGCUUUCAGGAAACAGAAACAGAAGUGCAUCAACAAGCUGUACCUCCCUACUGCUUGUUGAGGCUCACAGGAAUGAUUAAAUUGGUACUUAUGGGGGGGAGCCUUCCCACCCCUCAAAAAAAGUACAAAUUGAAAUAAUAUUGACAGCAGGGAAAAGCUUUCUGUUUGCUGGAAAAAACCCCCCACAUUAUUAUUCCUAGAUGUGUGGGGACUUAUCUUUCCAUCUUCUGUUACAGUAUUGAUUCAUAAGAACUAUUGUUACAUUUAAAAUGACUACAUUUGUAUGUGGGUAUUUAUUUGAAAUGAUGUCAAAGUACUGUAUUAAGUUUUAUGUGCAUUACCUUUUAGUGGUGGAUUGGUCUCCAUGUAAUAUCAUAUGCAUGUAUUUUUGCCAAGUAACCUUUACACAGAUACGGGGAGGGAAGUUAAAGAGAAAAUGUGGGAACUUCUUAAAAGUAUAACUGUGUGUUAAUUGGAUAACCAUAGGUGGCGUAGAGGGCAAAACAUUACUUCCAAAUUAAUAUAAAAGCAUUUAAUGUAGGAAAGCAAUCUGCCUGCAUAAAGGUAUAGUCACAUUGGCAGUAUCAAUAAAAGAGAAAAGGAAUC